UUGGUGCUGUGUACUAAUAACCUGUGUCUGAUUUGGCAGGCCUUCUACUUUGACCGUGAUGAUGUGGCCCUGCCAGGCUUCUCCCACUUCUUCAAGGAGAACAGCCAUGAGGAGAGGGAGCACGCUGACAAGCUGCUGUCCUUCCAGAACAAGAGAGGAGGUCGCGUCUUACUCCAGGACAUCAAGAAACCAGAGCGUGACGAGUGGGGCAGCGGGCUGGAGGCCAUGCAGUGUGCUCUGCAGCUGGAGAAGAAUGUCAACCAGGCUCUGCUGGACCUGCACAAGCUGGCUUCUCAGCAUAAUGACCCUCAUCUGUGUGACUUCCUGGAGAGCCACUACCUGGAUGAGCAGGUGAAGUCCAUCAAGAAGCUGGGUGACCACAUCACUAACCUCACCCGCAUGGAUGCCCACAACAACAAGAUGGCAGAGUACCUGUUUGACAAGCACACUCUGGGUGACAAGAGCUAAAUGCUGAGACGUAGAAGUGAGCCUGGAGUCAGCAUGUUAACAACACAGGCUUUGAAGUAAACUCACUUCUGCUCCAGCUGAUUUCUUUCCUGAUUUCCUCACUUUAAAGCUGGCAUCAGUUCUUGUAUGUUGUGGUGUUUUGUGUGAAAUGUCACAUGGAGCGAUGGAUGUUAUCAGGGUAUGGCUCUGCUUCUAAGCUGUCUGACAUUUGGAAAUGUUUCUGAUCUGUUCAUCUGAAUAAACCUUUUGAGCUGGA